GCCAGAGGAUAUUCCUGUGAUUAGCUGGUUGUAAAUGGGUGUAUCUCUUUGUUUCUCUGUUAUAAUUAAUGAUCUAUGCACGCCGUAUCGUAAAAUUAUUUAUUAUUAAUAUAACUAAUACCCAUACUUACCUACUACCCUGCGCGUAGCUCUUGUUACACGCUGUUGAUAUAUUUUUUAUCCUAUUAGUAUUCAGCGUUGCGCCGAGAGCGCUUAAGCUGCAGGAUGAAUAAACUCUGGGGAGGGUCCAGGGUCCAGGACGACAGUCCGCAGGACUCGCUGGAUCAGGAACGAGAAACUGCGCCGAGCGAGCAUACUCGUUUGCUGCCGAAUAGAGUCGACAGCACGAAUUACUUAAGUCCGGAUGAUCCAGCGGUUUCGCCGUAUAACCUAUGGAGUGUUCGAAUUGUCAGGUAUCUUACCAUCCUCUUCGCCAUUGUCACCUUCGCAUGGUGGAUUAUCCUACUCGUCUCGACCUUCGUUACGCCUCCGGGUUUUCAUACGCGGGGUUCGGGUUUCUUCGCUUUUGGUUAUGCUAGUUUAACGCUGGCGAACCUGCUAUUCACACUCAUAUUCUUUGCUAUCCCGUCGAAACCGGUUCGAAUAUUGAGUAUAGUUUUGGGAGCGUUGUUGUUAGUCAAUGCUGUCUUGUUGCUGUCCAUUGAGAAGACAAGACAUGAAGAGGGUUGGGUAGGAAUGGUCAGCGUACUAUGGGCGUUUCUUAUGGCUCUCUGGACCCUACUCACCGAUCGCUUGGUUGAAUGGGGUAAAAAUGAAGAGGAAGAACGGCUGACUGGCCGGGCUGAGACGCGUCGCACUCUGACCGAGUGGACUGCUGUUCUGUUGUCUACUAUUUCCAUGGUCAUACUUGUCCUUGUCGUCGUCCUAACAACCUGUACUCUUAUUCUCCGGGGCCUCGACGCUGGGUUAGCACCGCCGGGGCAGUUGUUCUGGGUAGAUGGAGAUAAAUACAUGAUGCAUGUCCACUGCCAUGGGAACAAGACCAAUUCGGAGGGUAACAAGUUACCAACAGUUUUACUAGAAGGAGGGGAAGCCCCGGUUGAAGACGGCCUAUGGCAAUUUGCCGAAAAUGCAAUCAACAACGGAUCCAUCAGUCGAUACUGUUUCGUUGACCGUCCCGGACUUGCUUGGAGUGAUACCGCACCUUCGCCUCUAUCUGCUGGAAUGGCAGUCGACGCAGUUAGCGAAGCUCUGGCUAGAGCGGGAGAAGAUGGUCCUUGGGUCCUCGCGAGUGCUGGUAUUGGUUCCGUAUAUUCACGCAUCUUCUCUGCUCGACAUGGUGGCGACAUCAAAGGACUGCUUUUCAUCGAUCCGCUCCACGAAGACGAUCUUGACGGCGUAGGUUCACCUAGCCGAGGAUUCUUACUCUGGAUACGGGGCGUAAUCUCGCCCCUUGGUCUUGAUCGCAUUCCGGGAGCCCUUUUCAAAGGCCGAACCAAGGAAGACCGCGUAUGGGGGCAAUCCGCAUACCAGACGGGGAAGUAUGUGUUUGCGAAGUUGCAAGAAAACCUGGUAGCCGAUACGUUGUCGAAACGUGAUCUGGCUAGCAGCUCGGCAAUUCAAAACCCGGACGUCCCGUUGAGUUUGAUUAGCUCUGGUGACAUGAUCCGCAGAGAUAGUGGAUGGGAACAUAAGCAGAGGGAUCUCAGCCAUGUCACGCACAAGUUGAAGCACUGGGAUAUCGUUAAUAAGGCGCCGCAUCGAGUGUGGGAGACGAUCGAGGGGCGCGAUAUCAUUGAAAAGAGAAUGAAGCAGUUGGUGCAAGCCGCAUAAAUUGAUGCGAAGGGGUACAUAUUGAACUGUUUUUUGAUUUUGCAUUUCAAGAGAGCGUAGGUAGCACGUAUAAGCACAAUGAUGAUAAGGGCUUUAUAGUUUAUGUAUGGGAUUGAAAAUGAAUGCUAUAGUUAGGUACCUAGGUAUUUAGAGUUUUGCUUAAUGAAUUCAAUGGUGUCGAUAA